UUUAGUCUCCAUGGUCAUGGGUCCCGUCCAGCUAACAACAGCUCUAUGGUUUGUGUCUGUGGUGCUCUGUGAGGCAGCCUCCCAGAAUUCCAUCAAGAAUCCGAAGGAACAGAAGACGAAGCAUUUGCUCCUGAUCAGUGAGGUCAACGCGGAUAACCCGGGGGAUGACAACUCAGAAUAUGUGGAGUUGUAUCACACUAGUGGCAGGCAGGCCCUUCUUGACGGCUACCACUUGGUUUUCUACAAUGGCAAUGGCAACGUGGCCUACAGAGUGAAGGACCUCAAGGGCUUUUCCACCGAUAGCUACGGGUUCUUUCUCGUCGGGUCCUCCAUGGUCAAGCCCCGGCCAUCGGUGAUCCUGCCCAAGAACACGAUCCAGAACGGGCCGGAUGCAAUUGCUGUGUAUUUUGGGGGCGGACCCUUUGAUGAAAACAUGAGGGUCACCAACAAGAGCCUGGUGGAUGCCUUGGUCCAUAAGUCGAAAGUCAAUGACCGAGCGGAUGACUUGGUCCAUAUUCUGACUCCGGGCAUAGAGCCUUACUUGGAAGACCCGCUCUUCAGGACCACGGAUGAGUCCCUGGAGAGAUGCCAAGGGAGAGAUUCGCACUGGUUUUUCCAAGUGGCCACACCGACCCCUGGUUCGGAUAACCACUGUGUGCCUUUUGCACAGCUGAAUGCGUCCACCGUGCUGAUCAGUGAGGUCAAUGUGGUGUCUGCUCCCGGGGAGUUUGAGUUUGUGGAGCUACAAGGGCCUUCGUCCACUGAACUCAAGGACCUGGUCCUGGUCCUGAUUGAAGGGAGUUCCCAGAAGAUCUGCUUUGCCAUGGCGGUGUCCGGCAGAACUUCUCCAGAUGGGCUUCUUCUCAUUGGUCCAUGGGAAGCUGAAACCCAAGUUGAUGUUCCAUUUCCGCCAAACUCCAGCAUCCCCCUCCUGAAAGCAGGUCUAAAUGCCAUUGCCCUAUACAGAGGGGCCAACAGCAGCUUCACCCCGGGGUCUGUCGCCUCAGCCACAGAUCUUCUGGAUGCCUUGGUCUACACGACUGUGGAAGAUGGGGAUUCAAAACUGCUGGAUAUCUUGAGCCCUGGGAAACCCAUCUUCUAUGGAAGCAAGCGAUCCCAGCAGGGUAAUUGGUCUAUGAAUAGAUGCGUCUGCUGCUCCACCACCCGCGAUGCCUCCAUCUACGCGCUUGGAAAGCCGACGCCACGGUACUUCAACGAUUGCCCCAAGAAGCGUUUCAGUCAAGAAAUUUCCUUGUGUCUCCAAGGGGCAGGUUGCCAGCAAGAAUCCUCAGUGCAGCACAACAUAGUAAUGCUUCUGACCCAAGUCCUGGGUAAGCGGUGUGGCUGUGGAGUGUCCCCAGCUCAUUUCAGAGAUGCUGCUGUAGCUUGCGAGGGCCCAGACUUGGUGUUCACUGCUCUACUGAUGGCCAGGUCAGCGGAAACACUCGCCAGCCUGCUGCAGGACUUCUCUCUCUUCCUGGAGAGCAAGGAGGUGAUCGGCCUUGGAGAAUGGAACGGCACAGUGGUGGCAGCAUGUUCGAGAGAUGCCAGUGUGACAGAAAUGCCUCCAGCAGUGACGCCGGCAAAGCCAGGGACAACGAAGGAGUCUCCGAUCGCACAGGUCGAGCUCCUUAUCAACGAGGUGAAUCCAGACAACCCUGGAGCCCGAGAAGAUACAGAAUAUGUAGAGCUUUUCUAUCCUGGAUCAGUGUCCUUUGACCUCCGCAACUACUGGCUCGUCCUGUACAACGGCAAGAACAACUUGGCUUACAUGGUGGUGAACCUGACGGGCCACCGUACUGACGAUCACGGCUACUUUCUGGUGGGCAGUGAUGGGGUGACCCCCAGACCCUCAAUGGUUCUGCCCUCCAAUACAAUCCAGAACGGAGUGGAUGCCGUCGCUCUCUACCACAGCGCCACUGCAAGAUACCAAAUCAACAUGGGCUUGACCGACGAGGGGCUGGUGGAUGCCGUGGUGUACAAAUCCCGGGGCUCGGAAAAGGCCGAGAGACUGCUUGCGGUCCUCGCUCCGGGCCAAAGCGUCCUGCAUGAAGAUGACUCCUACAGCAACCAAGAUGAAUCUUUGAGCCGGUGUCACAGUCUGAGGCCUAGAAGCCAUGACAGCUUCCAGGUGACGGCAAUCACGCCCUCCCGUGAAAAUGCCUGUCCGCCUUCUGACUCCAAUUCCACAGAGCUGGUGGUGCACAACAAUCACUCUGUUUUAAUCAAUGAAGUGGGCCUGGCUAACUGUUCGGUCCCUUACUGGUUCAUUGAGCUGAAAGGGACACCCGGCGGCAGCUUGAAAGGAUAUUCCUUGGAGUUCUUCUCUAGCCAGGACCACAAGCCGUACUCGAGUAUCCCGCUGCAGGGCACAUUUAGAAGCGAUGGGCUGUUCAUCCUCCUCUCAGAACAACAGUCCAGGCCUGGAGAGGCUCACGAUCAGCUGGUUCCACCCUCCGUUUGGAGCAACCUUUCGGCACAGCAGCAGUUCCAUGCAGUUGCGGUGACCAGCCGUGCGCGGCAAAUACAUAACGGCACUCCAGCGACCGGGCAGAGCCUAGAAGAUGUGGUGACUUUUACUCUGAAGUCUAGUGCCAGCCAAGGACGUCUGGGUUUUCUGGGACCAGUCCACGUUGUUUCUAGCACAGGAGAAUGGCCAGUAUCCUUGAGCCGCUGUUCUUCUUGCAGCACUACCUUUGCCGUCUCAGAAGCCACUCCUGGCUCAGAGAAUAGGUGUCCCCAGGAGUCUCUUUCUGUGGUCCUUGGAAUAUGCCUGCAGACACCCAACUGCUCUCUAUGGCCUCAGAACCCCUUGAUGCUGGCUGGUCUCCGAAAGGCGCUGGCUGACUCCAUGGAGGCGGACUGUUCUUGUGGCAUCUGUCCAUGUUAUUUGCAAGGACUGAAUUUCACCUGUUUCAACUCCACCUUGAAGCUCUCCGGUCAGCUGUGGGCCAGGUCAUCGAAGCAGCUACAGUGGCUCAGCAAGUGGCAGGCUGACUUCCCCAGGAGCUCGCACCUUUUUGUGGUGGACGGAAAGCUGCUCAGGUCGAGACUGUCCUGCUUAGCUUCAGACAGGAUGGUCCAGUCUGAAGCUUCCUUCCAGACCUGGGAGAUUGCUCUCGCCAUCCUGGGAUCCAUAUUGCUUGCCCUGUUGUUAACUGGUGCAGCAUUGUAUUUCAUCAAACGGCGGCCUCAGAAUUACACCACCAUUGAGAUGAACGACCACUGUGAGAUUAUGGCAGGCAUUUGAUGCUGCCAGAAAUCCGCCUUCUCCAGGAAAAAGCUUUUUUCUGGCACUGAAGGAGAUCGCCGGAGUCGCCGCUGCUCUUGCCUGGUAUUUGCACUAAUGCGCCAAGAAUGUAACGCUGCAUUUUAAGAAGUCCUAGAUUUUUAUUGUUUUUUUAAAAAAUCUUCUGACUUUGGGAGCCUCUUUUGUUUCCAUGGAGGUUCCUGCUUUACCUCAGGUUGUCAGAUAUCCACGGCAAGCCUGCAAGAGAGUCUUGGAUAGUUUUGCUUUUGGGAAAGGCUUGUGCGCAUCCCUGUUUCCAAGCAAGCCGUUGAACAACCUGAUUACAAACUGGCGCACAUUACAAGAGCGAGGUGGGUCCAUGUGUGUCAAAGCGCUGUGUUAAGACGUGGAUGGAAACUUGCAGCCUACUGAGAAUUCCACCAUGCUGCCAGAUUUUUGUAUUUGCCACAGCUGCCUUGAAGUUCUAGAGUGACCUUGGGCUGGUCACUCUCGUUCUCAGCCUCACCCACCUCACAGGGUUGUUGUGAGGAUAAAGACCAAGGAAUGAUUUACCCUCCACUGAAUUCCUUGGAGGACGGGUGGAAUAAAAAAAUUGAACCAUAUAAA